AUGGACAUCUAUGCAUCUCUCCCAACCCCGACGGAUACCGCGAUGGCCGACAACGCAGCACCCGAUGUGGAUUCGAUGCGCCCUGAGCAAUCCGUUCUUCAUGCACCCGUGGACGAACUCGAGAUGCCUGCGAAGACGCACCUGGGUCCUGCGCGCCAGUCACCGCAUUGCGGAAAGACAGACGGCGAGUCGCGCUGCCAGUUUACGGGACGGUCCCUAACGUUCGAGUCGUUAAACCCGCUCUCGGACGCGUUCUACCUCGACAUUCUCGGGCCAAUCAAUUUCAACUUCACGUACCGUGACACGGUCUCAACGAUCACCUCUGGUAUCGUCAGAUACUAUUUCAACUCGUCUACGUGUCCUACGACCCUUGUGAUCAAUGGGCAGGUCUGUGACCAAGUUAACUUCGGUGGCAUGUUGUACUCUGUACGAGCCCGAGGCGCUCAAGCUACCCAGUACCACCUAACCCCGAGCAAACUGUCUCAACACUGUCUGGAGUUCAGCCUUCCUACCCACAAUGCCCAAGACGGCGGCGCGGACGCACCCGCUCCUCGAGGCGAGAAGCGGUGUCGAAGUGCGACGGAGUCUUCAGGUUCGGCGUCGGUGAUCUCCGAGUGCAUGGUGAGUACUUCGAAGGUAAUUACUACCGAUUCCCACGCGGACAAGUCAGAUUCUAUGGGGAGAGCCGGAGAAAGCAUUGUUGAGCUGUCGCCUAGCUCGGCGUUCGCAUCGCCUCCACGCAAGCGUCUGGCUCGGCGUCAGUCGACGGGGCCCGUAUCGCAGCCACCAGCAUUUACAUCGACUACUUACUGGGAGGAACUGGACAAGUUCUCUUUUGAACUCUUCGCACAGACUUUGACUGUCGGAGAAGAAGACGAUAGCCUUCGUGUAACCGUUCAGCCUAUUUCUUCUCCGGAGUCAAGCAGUACAUCAACCGAAUUAACGCACCUCACAGAAGUGCGAAAAGGCAAGCAAUCGCUCCUUGAGAGAGAACUGGCAGAACCGAUAGCAUCUGAGGAUCUCGUCCCUUCUCGAGCCGAGGAGCGUGCGGCAAGCUUUUUUCGAUUGACGCGGACGAAAAGCCCGCUGUUGAAUGACUUCAUCCGCCUUCACCUGAUCUCUCGGUCGGUGGCGGCUGGUUCCUGCGCGUCUAUCGCUGAAAAAUGGGUGCAAUAUUUCGGAGACCAGUGCCCCAGGCCUCGAGCAGAGCUCUUUAAAGUGGCAGAUAAAUGGCUACUAGACACUACGGACUUCGGUCUUUAUGGAAUCUCGGAGGCGUUAGCUCUUUUUGAGCUACUGGUUAUGGCCGUGGCUCCUGGAAUCUACGCAAACGACGAGUGGCUCCACCUUAUUUGCGGAUUUUCUUCCCCGUAUAUCGGAGGCGCAUCGACGCGCCUACUCCAUCCUAAUGCUCUACUCGGCUUGUUGCGGAGCCAAGUUGGCCAUAGGAUCAUGUCUCACAUGGAGUGCAUGGCAUUGAACGACCCCUGUGUCGACCGCAUUCGCGCGUUACAGGCGGCUUCCGAAUGGCUUCCCUGGGAAACUAGCGUGCUGCGCCUUGCAGAGACCCAACUGGGUACUGCCUGGGCAGCGGGGUCCAUCCCCAUGGUGUCAUCACAGGUGGUGACGUUCAUCGAGAAGGUGAUCUUCCAGUAUCACAUCAUCGGCGUCCAGGAAACCAAGUUCCGCGAUGUCCAUCAUCUGUCUUCAGCCUCCGACCAUUGUUUAUUUGUCAGUGACCGCAACAGCUCCAGCCCUGUUCAAGUAGGGCCUCGGAGUGGCGGCGUCGCAACGCUGUUGCAUCCCGACCUACCGGGUGUUGGGUCAGCGGAAGAGGUCAGGCAAACUACUAUUCCUGGACGUUACCUUCUGAUUCGACUGGUACACGCGGGGUCAACUGUCUACAUCCACAACAUUUACGCCCCCGUAAAUGCAUCGGAGCGCUCCCACUUCUACCAAUCUCUUCCAGUUGAAUUUGAUCAAGACUCCCAUCAUUUGGUUCUCGGUGACUUUAAUGUGGCGAUCGACUCUAUUCUGGACUCCCGUGGGGUGUCCAGUGUGUCAGAUACAUCUCGCGGAUAUCUGCUUAGCUGGCUGUCAACGCUUAACGUUACGGACGCGUGGCAACUUCGGUUUCCGAGCAGGCGGAUAUUCUCCGGCCCUUCGCCUCGAAUUAACCGGCUUGACUACAUCUUUAUCAGUGACGACUGGGUUGACUCGACGUUUGACGAAGCGAGAUAUUUUCAAUUACCACAUAGCGGGGAUCACCUCGCUGUUCGGGUGGCCUUGGGGUCCCCCAGUCGUCGCCCACUAUCUGCGUAUUGGCGCCUAAAUCCCUCAACUCUCCAGGAUGACGCCGUUCGUCAGAUUAUUAUACAGGACAUAAGGCAGCUCCAACAAUCAAUUCGACAUACACCGAGUCCAGGACUUGUCUGGGAGGGAUGGAAACGGCGAAUAAAGUCUCUGCUCCAGCUAGCCCAGGUGAAAGCGGGAGCUCAAGAGACCGACAUUCUUCGUGUGUAUCGCUCUCACGUGACGAGAAGGGAACAAGCGUACGAGGCGAACCCAAGCCACGAGACAGCUGAACCAUUAACUGAAGCGAUUGCAGCGGUUGAAUCGCUCGAGGUCGACCGCGGUAACUAG